CCUGUUUACAUUUCCCCAUGUGUUACAUUUUUUCAUCAUCAUGUUGAGUCUCUGUACCAAUGUACCAUAUAAACGAGUGAUGAUACGUUCGAGGUAGAUUCUACUGAACAUACACGUAUUGGGACAUGAUAUAACAAUUGCUUCGAUUUGGAAACUGAUUUAGAAAGAUGGUUGACAAAAUUGGAGGUUAUGAGUUUUGGAGAACGACAUUGAGUGCUGCCAAGUAUGUUGUUGCCCCUAUGGUGGAUCAGAGUGAGCUGGCAUGGAGGAUGCUGAGUCGACGCUAUGGUGCUGAACUGUGCUACACACCAAUGCUGCAUUCCUCCGUGUUUAAUAGAGACCAGCGCUACAGGACAGAAGCCUUGCAAUCCUGUCCUGAGGACAAACCACUAAUAGUUCAGUUUUGUGCAAAUGACCCGGAGACAUUCCUGAAGGCAGCCCUGUUGGCGGAGGAUCACUGUGAUGCCAUUGACCUGAACCUAGGAUGUCCACAAGUCAUUGCUAAACGUGGACAUUAUGGCGCAUUUCUACAGGACGAAUGGGAACUCCUGGAGAAAAUGGUUAAACUGUGCCAUGAAAGACUGAAAGUGCCUAUCACCUGUAAAGUUAGAAUAUUUGAGAGUAUGGAGAAGACCAUCGAGUACGCUCAGAUGUUGGAGAAGGCAGGAUGUCAGAUACUUACCGUCCAUGGCAGAACAAAGGAGCAGAAAGGUCCAAAGACCGGAUUGGCUGACUGGCAAUACAUCAAAGCUGUCAGGGAUAAUGUGAAGAUUCCCGUGUUCGGUAAUGGUAACAUCCAGUACCUGUCUGAUGUCAAAAAGUGUCUGGAGGAGACGGGAGUGGAUGGCAUCAUGACCGCAGAGGGUAACCUACACAACCCAGCCCUGUUCCUCGGAAUAGAUCCCCCAAUCUGGAAGAUGGCGGAGGAGUACCUGGAACUGGUUGACAAAUAUCCAUGUCCUUUGUCCUAUGUCAGGGGACAUUUGUUUAAGCUCUUUCAUCAUGGUCUUGUUAUACACGAAGAUAUCAGGUUGAUGGUCGGUACAGGGAAGUCACUGGACAGUCUCAAGCUAGCUGUCCUCAGGAUGAAAGAGAGAUGCUUGAAGGACAUGGAGAAGUCCAAGACUUGUCCUGAAAUGUUUGAGUCCAAGCUUCCUCAUCCUUACUGGAUCUGCCAGCCGUAUGUUAGACCCAGUCCUGAAGAGGCAGAAGAGAAUCAGAAAAGGCGAGAGGCCACAAAGCGUCCGCUUGACCUUCAAAACAUUCCAGCAGACAUGGCCGGCAUGUCUAAAAACAAAAUAAAGAAAAAGAUAAAGAAUCCACACAAAAGUUUUGAUGGCACCAAGAAGGCUCAAUAUGAAAAGUGUGACAGUUGUCUUAACCCAAGGGGCAAGAAAUGUGCAUUUGGACGGUGUAAAAACUGCUGUAAAAAUAAGACUAGAACAGAGACGUUGGACUGUGUUGGACAUGGUAUUUACCUAAAGAGCAAGUUAGAGCUAAAGGAGCAGUGUGAUAACAAGAAAAAGGAGCUGGAUCUCCUGGAACAGAGACUGACAGGGGGGUCUCAAGUCGAGGAAGGUCACCAGAACCCUCGAGGUCAUGGGCAAGAUCAGGAAGUCAAGGCUGGUGAUAAUAACAAUGCUACUUCACAGGAUACACAAAAGGAAGCUACCGUUACAAGUGAUGGGACAGAAGCUACAGACAGUUCUACUGCCGUUACUUAGACUGGUGUAUAAUUAGAUACUUACAAUGUGUGUUCAAUAUCCAAUGUUAUAAACAUUGCGGUCGUCCAGACCAACCAGGAAAGAUUUUUAUAUUUGAUUGCCAAUUAUUUACUGGUGUCUGAGUAAUAUUGUUUUCAACGUCAGACACACAAUGCAUUGUACAUUGUAUAUGGGAAAGUAAACAGAUAGGAAGGAAGUGUUGAGAGAGAAAUAGGUGAAAAUAUAAAAAAAAUGGAAGGCUAAAUCAAAGUAAGAUACUGUAAGUUCACUAUGAGCAAGAAUUAGCAAAAGGACUGUUUUUAGUAAAUGUAUAUUAGUACAAUUAACUAAAAUCAAAGCUUCAUCAAGACAAUUUUACAAUGCUUUAGACACCACAAGUACUCAAAGGGAUGCUCCCUAUAUAUUGUGAAGAAAUGGACAAUGAGCUUUGGCCAGGGGCAGAUAAUCAAUUGUUAACAAUAAGUAAUUAUGAUGUCAUAGAUAUUAUGAUGUCAUCAAUAGUGGACAACAUCAGCGGCCAUUUUCACUGUUGUCGUUUGUUACGUUACUCGGCGUUAUGGAGAAUGCGCCGCCUACCAAAUAUUUUCAUUGGUUGAAAUUUCAUGAUCUCUGCCUACAAAUAUUCAUGAGGAUGUAGUCCUCUUUCUUGCGAGGAGUAGUCCUUAUUUUGCAAGGAGUAGUCAUAUUUUGGGUAGUGAGUAAUUCUCAGAUGGAGAGAUUUAUUAAACACGAGGCAGCUAGUGCUUGGCUUUACUUAACUUGCUUGGAUGGAAAGGCCAAGGUUAACUAAUGUUUUGUACCACGGCAUCUGUUAUCUGUCAGUAAACAACUGCUUCAAACAAAAGUAUACCUCUUCUAAAUCUGUGAUAAGAACUUCAGCAAAUUUUACUGAAAACAUCCUUAGAUAGUGGGGAUUCAGAAUUGUGCAAAGGAGGUCCCGAAAGGGUUAUGGGACGGGACCAAAAAUGGAGGAAUUGGAAAAUAUUGUUUGAAGUUUAAGAGUAUUAUCAAUUUAAAACGUGGUAUUGCCGUUAUAACUCUUAUGAAAUUUUAAGUCUUGCAUAUAAAUUUUACCUUGCAACGCAUUCUUUAGAAAAAUAGUUGCUCAUUGUUGUUCAAAAAACAUCUCUUCAGUGAAACUAUUCAUUGCUUUGGUACCCUAUAAUGUAAACAACUUCUACUCUGAAAAGAUGCAAUAAAUAAACCGCAACCCUCAAUGAUGCUCUAUGAAUGAAAAACCAACGAAAAAACUAAAUUGUGUAUAAAUGUUGAUUAUUAAGAGAAACACAUAGCAUCAUGCCAUGGCCUGAGUAUCUGAGCUCCUACUCCUUCCAAGGCCACACCAGGACUGGCUCUAUCUGGCACUAUCUGGUCAGUUCACAUGGUUUUCACAUCAAAGGCAGCCCAGGGAAUGGUCAGCGUAAUAAAAUAUUGUUAUUUGUUCCAGCCACAUCCGGACACUGUGGUAACUCAAUAUCACUAAUGUGGGGUGCUGUGUUUUAGGAAGCACUCCUGACCUUGAGCGGUCAGAUAUACACUGACCAGAUAUUUGACCUUGGGUAGUCAAACUCCCUAUUAAUUUCCCCCUGCCUAAGAAAACUUUUACAGUCUAAAAGUUAAUGAAAGAUAAUACUGCUCCAGAUACUCGGGCUAGAUACCUACAAUGUACACAAAUACAGCAUAAUGCUUAAUUAACCAUUAAGAUAAAACACUGAUCAUGUACGAAGUCCAGUAUAGACACAGUUUGUAUAUCAAUUGAUCCAGCUACUUAUAUAGAUAUUCCUCAGUGGUGGUGGUAAAUCCAAAAUAAAUACUUCCAGGGAAAAUAAUUUUCCUUAUCUUAUUUCCCUAACUUGUAAAUCCACAAUGUUUGCUUAUGUAAAAAAAAAAAAAGAAUACUUUCACUUUCCAUGUCCUUUUUUUAUAAGAAACACUUGUCAAUCUUUAGAACUGGUACAUCUCUUGCACUACAUAAAAUAUUAUAUUUUACUCUUCACAGUUUAUUUACUGUGUAACAUGAACUGUUCGUUGUUCAUAAACAUUCGUGGUUUUCGUGGUUGCUAUUGAACCACGAAAAUAAAUACAACAAAUUUGAAUGAUAUACGUGUCUACUAUUUGUAAAUAUAGGAUACCCACGAAAGUUUGUUCCACAAUACAAUCUAAAUAGCAUCAAACCACAAAGGAAAAUAUCCACGAACAAUUCGUGUUAUAAAGUACUACAAUGCAUAAUAUCUAUUCAACGCACGUUAUCUUGGCCACGACGAUACUCGAUGGUAUAAACUACUGGAGAGCAAGAGCCCACCUCAAAAGUUUCUGGUUCUUUUGUUCGGUUCUCUCCAGCCAUUUCAACGGGUUGUGGUCAGUUUGAAGGUGAACUUUACCCCACGUGCAUAAUAGGCAAACGAUUCCACACUCCACUUGAUGGUUACACAUUCCUUCUCUAGUGUAGAAUAGUUCUGUUCUCGUUGUAAUAACUUCCUGCUGAUGUAAGCAUUCGGGUGUUCCUCGCUGUUAAUAACCUGACUAAGGACAGCUCCAAUGGCUACAUUGCUGGCAUCAGUCUGUAUCGUGAACAGUUCACUGAAAUCUGGAUUCGCGAGUACUGGUGCUUUAGCUUUGGUCAUUGCGUCCUUUAGAUUAUUGAAUGCAGCCCUGCUACAUCUGUCCAACAAAGUUGUCUUGGAUGAUCCUUUUAACCAUCUUGGUCAAAGGUGCUGCCAACUUAGCGUAAUUGUUGACGAAACGACGGUAAUAUCCCAUCAUACCAGCGAAUGAUCUUAACCCUUUUUUCGUUUGGGGGAGAGGAAAGUUCACCUUAGCUUAGACCUUCCGUUUGUCUAGUCUGAGCUUUCCCUUUCCCUCUAUGUGCCCUAGACAGUACAGUUCCUCAUCACCAAAUUGACACUUUGAGGGUUUAACUGUAAGCCCACUGUCUCUAAGUCGGUCCAGGACAGCCUUGACAUGUAAUAGGUGAUCUUACCAUGUAUCACUAUAUUCUUUGUCCAUCAUCCAUGCGAAUGUCGUAGGUGCUUUUUUCAUCCAAAAAGGUAUUACCGUAAAUUGGUAUUGUCCAAAUUCUACCACAAAUGGGAACUUCUCUUGAGAAUCUUGCGAUAGAGGUAUCUGCCAAUAUCCUUUUCGCUAAAUCCAUGGUACUGAGGUAUUUUGCUGUGCCUAGCUUCUCAAAUAUCUCAUCUACCCAAGGUAUCGGAUACCCAUCACAAACAGUCACGUCAUUGAGGUUUCUAUAAUCCACACAGAGUCGUGGUAUCUUUCUUGUCCACCAAGACGAUCGGAGAUGAGUAAGGGCUUGAUGAUGGUGUGAUGUAACCAAGCUCCAACAUAUCAUCCAACAUUUUUUUCACUUCCUGUUUCUUAGCCUGUGGAAUUCUAUAAGGCUGCCUUCUGAUAGGUUUCUCACAUGUUAUCCUUAAGCUGUGUGUAACUAAUGUAGUCCUACCUGGGUUAGGAUUGAUGACGUCAUUGUAGUCCUCACAAAGCUGACGUACCUACUGACAUUGUGAUUUGUUCAAAGUCUUGCCAAUACACAACUAGGGUCAACCAAAUCCUCACGAAUCAAAGUUAUGGCUGAGCCUGUGUCUUUGAUAAAACAGAUACGUAUCACAGCCAUUGACUUCCCCCAGGAACAUGGAUAAGUCCUACCGUGUACUGACGCACAAAAAAUGCUGCAAGUUUUUUCCCAUAUUUGUUUUUAGGGCAUUUCCUAGCAAAAUGUUCAUACUUGUUACAGUUGUUAUACUGCACAUUUUUCAUCUGUUCCGAUGAUUUUUCCUUUCUCUGGUCUUUCUACCAGUUUGAAGUUUUUACAUCUAUCGAGAUUUCCAAUGAUGGAAGAUUACUAUGAAUUACUAUGAAUUAGAAACUUUCCCAUGCAUUGCUUCCUUGAAAUCCUCUCCGGUAUAAUAAAAUCCUCCGCGGCUUCAACAACACUACUUGACUACUUGUUACAGCGUAUCCAUCGUGCUUGUGAUGCUGGCACUAAAAAAGUAAUCUUCCUUAAAUAUUUCUGUGAUAUCCCUCGCUGAAUCAAUAAAUCUGACAAGAUAUUGUUCAAUUCUUGCCAUGAGUCCUCUGUAUGUCUCCUGUGGUUCCUUUUGUGCUGACUGCAGUUGUUUUGUUCCCAUACCUUACAAUCAGUGCUUUACUGAGUUACUCCAAGGAUCCAUGCGCUUGUAUGGCUACAGCCCUAGCCUCUCCUGUAAGCAAUGUUCUCAGAUGUAACAUUUUAACCUCAUCUGUUCACCCUGUUUGUGAUGAAAAUGCUGCUAACUCUGACAGAAAUGUUAUAAUAUCCUCGUUUGCUGUAUGAUUAUACGAUUGUAAUGUUAGUCUAAAUGGCACAGAGUUUGAUUUUGUGUCACUGAGUUUAUUUUGAAUCUUCGCUUUUCAAGUUCUAACUCAAGUACUCUAAGCUUCCUUUGAUGGUCACGUUCUUUCUCUUUGGCCUCCAUUUUCAUUUUUUUCUCUCUCAAGUUCGAUCAGUUCUCUUGCACGUGCCUCCGCCCUUUGACGUUCUUUCUCAUCGGCUUCCAUUUCAACUUUUCACUUUGGAUCUUUUCUCUAUCCUUUUCUGCUUGAAUUUCCAGCCUUUUGAUUUCCAGUUUUGAUUGAGAUGGCAUCAUCUCAACCUGUUUCUCCGAAUCUUCUUCAUUGGCCGACAUUUUAAUAUCUUCAAAUGAGCGCUAUCCUUUGAUAAUGGAGCCCUCCUCGAAUUGAUGAUCCCAAACCGCUGCCACCAAAUAUGUUACCCUCAAUAAUGCUUUAUCAAUGAAUAACUAAUGAAACAACUCAAUUGCGUAUAAAUGUUGAUUAUUAAGAGAAACACAUAUAACAUAGUAUGGCCCGAGUUUCUGAGCUCCUACUCCUUCCAAGGCCACACCAGGACAGAUUUUAUCUGGUCAGUUCACAUGGUUUUCACACGAACAUCAAAGGCAGCCCAGGGAAUGGUCAGCGUUAUAAAAUACUGUUAUUGCUCCAGCCACAUCCGGACCCUGUGGUAACUCUAUAUCAAUGGUGUGGGGUGCUGUGUUUUGGGAAGCUCUCCUGACCUAGGGUGGGUCAAACUCCCUAUUAACACUAAACCAGUGUUACAUGUGUAUGUUUAUCUAUAAAUAAAUUGGUUCACUUUCACCAGGUCCAGCUUGGUUCCAUCCGAGGUCAACAAAUGACCCAUGUAUUUCAUUUCGGUUUUUCGCAAGUUUAUUUUGUCUUUAUUUUACUUCAGGCCAACUUUCCUGGCUCUCUCUAAGACAUUUAUCAGGUUCCUAUCGCGGUCAUGUACUGCUUCCUCGAUUGUUGAACCACUACCAUAGAUGAGGAUGUCAUCUACUGUAACCUCUGCCCCCAUCAGGUCCUCUGGUGAUUCAUAUUUUUGUCUCUGAAACUCCUCUGGUGCCGACUUAACGCCAAAUGGCAUUCACAGACAUCUGUAGCGCCCAAAGGGUGUUCAAAAGGUAGUCAGGUAGCUGCUUUGUUUGUCUAAUGCCACCUGCCAAUAAACCAUCUUUGGCGUCCAAGACUGUAAAAACCUUGGCAUUGGACAGCUUAGGAAGUAUGUCCUCUACAGACUCAUGUGAUAGUGUGGCCGCAGCAAUUGCAUCAUUCAGGUUCUUAGGAUCUAUACAUAUGCACAGUUUUCCUGACAGUUUCCUCACUGCUACCAUGCUGCUUAUCCACUCCGUCGGCUCAGUGACCUUUGUGAUGACACCUCGGUCUACCAGUCUAUUUAUCUCUGUCUGGAGGUCCACUUUCAUGGCUUCAUGGACUUUCCCCGGACAGUUCUCUACUAGACUUACUGUUGGGUCAACCUCAACAUGAUACUCUCCAGGUAGCUUACCCAAUCCAUCAAAUAGGUCCUUGUAGUCCUCUAAGAUUUGCUCUUUGAUAAUGGGUGGUUUCUCAUUAGCCACUACGCAGUAAACUUGAUUGAUUGUUAGAGUCAAAAACUCACUCACCAUUAACUCACCGUUGUCGACGUCAUACCAUUAGUCUUUGACUACUACUGUCGCUUCUACUAAUGCUACUGGUACGGACUCCCGGUCUGCACCUCCAGCUCUGUAGCAUGCGGGGCUGUAUUUUCCUGGGUGAUGUUUCCACGCACAGUUCAGUCUUGAUUUGAACAAGUUUAAUGAUGGAGCGUUUAUUACGGUGGAGUCUAAAUUGUUCCACGGUUCGGUCACACGGUUGGAGAAGGCAUUUCCUCUUAGUUUAGUCCUAAAUCUUUUCUUGAAAAGUUUUUUGUUGUGUCCUCUGGUGUUGUUAACAUUCUGUCCGGCCGCGAAAGUUGUGAAUUUAUCCAUGUUGGCAUCUACAAGUCCAUUGCAUAUUUUAUAAAGGUUUAUCAUGUCUGCUCUUUCCCGUCUGUACUCUAAGGAAGGUAUUCCUAAAACUCGCAGACCCUCCUUAUAGUUUAGGUGUUUGAGAUGUGGCAACAACCUGGUGGCACGACGUUGAACAUUUUCUAGAGUCUUCUGGUCCAUUUUGUACAUUGGAAACCAGACUGAUGUGCAGUAUUCCAAGUGAGGUCUUACUAGAGACUUGUAUAGAUUUGCGAACAUUGCCUCGUCCAUGUAGGUAAAAGAUUUAAAUAUCAAUCCCACCAUUCUGUUGGCCUUCUUCGCUUGCGUGUUGACAUGGCCGGUAAAUUUUGAGUUGUUAUCAAAAUCAAUCCCCAAGUCCUUUUCGUGCUCCACCUUUGGUCCGAUACAGAUUGCCCAAGCUUGAUGUUCAUAUAUUUUCACUUUUCUAAAUUAAGUUUCAUUUGCCAAGUCUCAGUCCAGUGGCUUAUGUUAUUGAGAUCAUCCUGCAUGGAGUCAAUGCACUCGGGCGAUGUUAUAUCACCGAAAAUGUUCGCGUUGUCUGCAAAUAAUUUCGCUGUAUUGUUUGUCACAUCCGGUAGGUCGUUAACAUAUAUUAAAAACAAUAUCGGUUUCAGAACGCUACCCUGGGGCACUCCACUCGUAAAAAAAAGUCCCAAAGCUUCGCAUGCGCCUCUUGACAGUUUUGUUGGUUGGUCAACAUCUACCACUUGAAAUUCUAAAGUCUGUUGAUUGUCUCCAACUGAACACUCAAUCCCAGUUUUUACAUUUAGGGUAAAUGUGUGACUUGUCGUAAAGUGACAGUUUAGUAUCCGACAGACUCAGCUUCACCGUUUUCCUUUAUUUAAGAGCUUGAAUAUUAUCAUGCUGAGCAGGUUACAGGUUGCUCCUGUGUCCAGCUGACAUUUCACCUAUCUGUUCUUGUUUCCUAAUGUCAGCCUCAGUGUUGUGAAGUACUGUCUACCCUUUGUCUUUGUCACAUUCAGGAGUGUCUCUGUGAUCCUGAUUAAAGAUUCAUCAGUAUCGGUAUCAUCAUUCUCCUCUUCAACAGCGUGUAUUUUCUUCAUUAAACACAUUUUUGAGAAAUGGUUCUGUUUCUUACAGUUAUGACAGGUCUGAACAAAUGCUGGGCAUUUAUCUGGGGCAUGCUGACCUCCGCGAUAUUUGCGUCCUUUGUAACGUUUUCUCUCUCUCCAGCUCUUCUGACCAGAACCCUUACUCUUUAUGCUGUGUUUCGCUUUCUUUUUGUACAUCUUGUGUUUAUCCACCGGAUGCACUUUGUCUUCAUGGUUCAACUGUUUCAUCUGCAUGUUGGUCAUUUCGCUAGUCCUACACACAUUCACCACUUUUGCGAGUGUCAGUUCCGGCUCACGUAGCAUGCAGGUUCGGGCCGGUACAUCCUUAGUCCCUAGAACUAGUCGAUCCUGAAGCAUUUCGUCCUGGAGCACAAUUAGAGGCAGAACUGAAAGUGAAUCUAUCUAUUUAUAGAUCAACAUACACAUGUACUCUUAUUCACAAUGUUACUUUUAAUGUCAAAAUGUUUUGCUGUGAAUGCUUACAUCCAGAUUAGAGAUACAGUCCCUCUAGGCCUCUUGAUUUGAUCUCUAGCUAUCACUGAUAGUGUAUUACACAUUUAUUACACAUUUAUUACAUCGUACAUUCAUCAAAAUAAUAUAUCAAUUUCUAUGCAAUGUACUUAUGCUGUGUUUGAUGAACAUACCACAAUUUAUGUUCUACUGAUAUUUUUUUAAAAGCUGAAAGAAAUGUACAGUUGUAAAGAUUGAGCUUUUGUGCAUGAAAAUUUGUGUAUUUUGACUAUUCAAAUUACAUACAUUUGUAAUGAGGAAUUGUUUCUGUAUGUAUUGUUGUGGAUAUAUAUAAGGUAUAUAAGGUGUGUCCAUAUUAUAUCACAUCAAUGUGUUUACACUGAUAUAGUAUGCAAGAAAUUGACAAAAACAAAAUUCCAAAGCAUGAAAUCAUCUUUUUUUCUGUUGUAAUAAAUAUUUAAAAGAUAUCUAAAUAUCAGUAAUAAACUUAUUCAACUAUCAUCUACCGGGGUACAGCAAUUAAUUUCAGCUAUUCAAAUGCCUAGGAAAUGCUUCAAUCCGUUUUCUUGAAGUACUUUGUGUGUGAAGACAAUUUCGUAUUUGAUUAAGAUACAUGCAAAUUUUAUUAUUUUUCUUUGUACAACUUUAAAGCUUCGUCAAAUCACUGUGAUGACUUAAUUUCCAAUAAAC